AUGACCGACGACGAAGCUUCCGUUUUCGAAGCGAUCAGCAGCUUAGGUCCGUUGAGCGAGGCGGAGCUGUCAAUUUCCGUGCUCGACACCGCUGAAUCAUCGCCCGACGAGUUCAAGAUCGAAGAGAUCGACGGCUUGCCUUGGCUUCCCCCACUAGAGCCAGUGCCUGUCGCGCGUGCUUCCGAGCUUUUCCCCAGAUUUACCCGAGAAUGCGACCGGGAGUCGGUCCGAAGCCAUGACCAGGCGCACAGCCCAGAGUCUCGUUCUCAGGACCAGCGCACGGAGUCCCUUCCAGGCAUUCUGGGAGACAUCGAAUCUUCUCAGGCGAUCAGUGGGCCCCUCGCACGGUCUGCGCCGCGAGCCGUUCCAGAGCAGCUCGGCACGUCCGGAUUCCGCCGAGGCUUCCUCCUUUCAGGCUCGGAACCGAUUCUCGUAGGAUCAAUGCCUGACCAGAAAAUAGAGAGAGGUGAAGUGCAAGGGAGUGUCAGACGAGAGGGGGAGAAGGAGGAGUGGAAGGAAUGGAUUAGCUUGUCGACCGAAACAAAUCCCGAGCUGCAAUCUUCCGAAGACCAAGACUGGUACUUUGUGAAUGGGAUCCAGAAAGCUUCCAAAGUAACAGACACAAGCAGCGGAGUGACCGUCGGCACAGAUUCACAGGGCAAGGGCGACUUCAACAAGGGGCAAAGCGAGGAGGCAAAGACUGCUUGCGUACCGAUUGGAUUGGAGGGCGAAAGUAUCUGGUCAAAUCCCCUGCCCGUGGAAAGAGGUGCAUGGGAGGGUGGACUCCGUUGGGGUAAUGAGCACGCCACAGUGGGGAAUUCGCCAAGCGAACAGUGUGAUGCAGAGGAGGGUGAUACUAUCGAGGGGAAUGCAUGGACGUUUGACGAUGCUGAAGGUGUGGGGUGUGAUGACGAGGUGGUGGGGAGCUGGGUGGGUGAGAUGGACGAGGGCGAUGGAGAGGUGGAGGAGGAGAGAGGGGAGGUAUGGGAAGGAGGGAUGGGUCUGGGAUUGGGUGUGGGAGGUUCAUUGGUGGGAUCUGACAGCACAUGGUCUCGUGGUGGGUCAAAUUUCGUCCCAGGAGCUGCGUCUGUGUUUGAACCUGCUGACGCAUCGAAACCCGCUGAAUCUAUGGAUGGCGAUGCUGCUGAUGCUGUUGGCAAUGCAGCACGGCAAUCCGCAGGCAGGAACAGCACUGCAGGUGGGGCGUUCGGCAGUGCGGCGCCUGCCAGCGGUGCUGCUGCUGUGGGUGGUGCGGCGUGCUGGAGUGCGGAGGAGGUGAAGCAUCUUCUGGCGGCUCUGGAGCAGCAGAGCCAGCGGGUGCUGCUGUCGCAGCAGAGGCAGAAACGGAGCAGGGAAAGGGUCCAGUUGGGGGUGCAGCAGGGGGCUGGCGAGUAUGGAGACGAGUGUUAUGAGCAGGUGCUGCAGGGAGAUGGUGCAGGAAGGUGGAUGGAGAUGGACGACGGUGAUGAUGUGGGGGGUACGGAUGUGGUUGAUGAGCUGGCUAGGGGUCAUGCUGAGCUGGCGGGGGAGGUGGAUGAGGUGGCAGAUGCGGAUGAGCGACUGAAGGAGAUGGAGCUGGAGAGAGAGCUGGUGGCGCGAUGGGGUCGAGGCGGGGAUAGAGAGGCCAGGGAUGAGGAAUCUGAGUGGACGCAAGGGGGCAUCACGGGCGAAACGGGAGAUGGGGAGAGGAGAGGGGCAAGGGAGGAGGGAGAUAGUGCGAGGGGAGGAGGGGAGGUGGAAGGGAGGACGUUCUUUGAUGAGGUGGCGGGGCUGCAGGAGGAGCUAAAGGGGAUGGAGGGGGUGCAGGGGUUGACGGGGUUGCAGGAGCUGCAGGGAGUGGCGUUGGAGGAGGGGUUUGUGUGGAGUGCACGUGAGGGACCAGAGCAGGGCAGAGCUACCAGUGCCAUCACCCGCAGCGCUUGCAGUGGUAGUAUUGUUACCACUGGCACCAGCAUUAGUAGCAAGAGCACCCGCUGUGACUUCUCAUUCGAAGGCGCGUGCUCCUUUGCCACAGGCUCUGGCGCUCGUGAGAGGCCUCAACCCGCACGUGGGGAAGGCGCUCACACAAGGCCCCUUGCUCAUGCCCGUGACUAUGCCGAGUCACCUGCUGCACCACCUGAAGCUGCGUUUCCAGCACUGUGUGAGGCAGCACCAAGGGCAGUGCUGGGUGGUGGUAUGCAGAAGAGUGGAGGGGCGGUGGGGGCUCAGGGAGUGGAGCAGGGGAGGGUGCAACGGGGGAAGGCACAGCUGGGCCCACGUGGUGGUGCCAAGGGCAGGCUGAGAGGCGGGGGUGCUGCUGCUGGUGUGGAUGCAGCUGUUGCACCGCCCUCUCAUGCGCCACAAGCCUCACACGCCACACCUGCUGCAUCCCCCACGGACGAGGCGCAAGCAGUGUUUGCCCGUGUGCAUCCGCUCUGCAUGGCUGUGGUGGACGCGCGGGGGGAUUACCAGCAGCUGCCACGUGUCAUCAAGCGAUUGGAGGAGGCGAUUGGGAGCAAGGACGUGCCUGUGGGGGGGCUUCAAGCAUGCCUCGACAAGAACUUGGCUGUUCAAUGUUUGAAUUGGAAGGCGCUUGCUUGUAUCGCCUCCACCUGGCUGUCGGCUCCAACAGCUGAUGCUACCAACGUGCCUGCUGAUUGUGCAUGCGCAUGUCCCCUCUUCCCCCUCCCCACAUGCCCGGCCACACAGGCAGCAGAGGCGGAGGCUCGGUUGGGCACAAGGGACAGCCAGCAGGUGCGAGUGGAGGCACUGCGAGCCGUGCGCCUGCUCGUGGAUGUGGGCAUGCACAUGGUUCCUGGCUGUGCUAGCAGCUGGAUCAAUGCCACUGUCUCCAGUCACUUCCAUGUUCCUGCGCCCCUCUUCUCCCACCCUCACGCACACACACCUGACUUCUCACCCUCUCUUAUCUGCUCUUGUGUACUGCUCCCUGCCCUUUUCCGCACCCCAUUCCGUCUGAUCCUGCAUGCCCGUCAUACUCUUCAGGCGCACACACCCGACGCGCUUGCCUUUUUCCUUCCCGGGAUCCUCAGUGGGCUGUCGCGCGCCACCCUCUCCCCCUUCUCCCCGCGCUCCAAUGAGCCGCUCACACGUGGCGCCGCAGCGGACCCCUCAGCAGUGGCCGAGGCACUGCUUGGGCUGUCACAGGCGCUAGUGCUGGUCAUGGGGGAUGCUUAUAGCGCAGAUGGACAUGACGAGGAUAAAGGAGAGGAGAAUGAGGAGGGGAGUGAGAGAGGGGCGACAGAGGAGGAGAGGGCUUUGAGCAUGCUGCAGCAGAUGGUGGGUCGCAUGGAGGGGCGGAGAGGGGAGGGGAGGAAGGGAGGGGAAGGAGAGGAAGACUGGUUGGGAGAGCAGGGGGUGGGGUCAGAAGGGGCGCUGCAAGGAGAAAAGGCAAGCGGCACAGCAGGGACGAGGGAAGGCGCGGUGAUACUGAGGGAAGAGUGCCUCCUCCUCCUCGCCUCUGACGAAUGGCCCGCCGUCGCCUGCUCUGCUCGCCGCCUCCUCGCUCGUGUCGUCAUCACCCACUCCACACCAGCUCUGCCAUUCGCACGCCCAUCAUCACUACUACCAGUGGCCGCAACUGCAGCGGCUGGGGCAGGGCUUGAGCAGUGCAUGGAAGCAGGGUGCAUUGAGGUGGCUAGUGACUCGCUGGAGGAGAUGCUGGACAGGUGCGUCUGCUGCCCACCACUAGAGCGUGUUGUAUCGUCUGCAGCACAAGGAGUGUGCAAUUUGUUGUGCACUCUCUCGCAUGCACAUACAUGCGCGCGCACACGUACGCACACACCUCUCACCCUUAAGUUGGCUGAACUGAACCGCGACGUGUUCCUCCAUCCUGCCUCACCCACCUUCCCUGCACCCACACCACAACAGUUUUUGAGUCGACUCAAAAACAGGUUCCUCCAUCCUGUCUCACCCACCUUCCCUGCACAUGACGUCCCUCAACACCACAACAGGCACAUGACGUCCCUCGCAACUCCCGCCCCGCCCACCGCUCACUCCGUUCCCUCCUCCCUGCCGCUGCACUCCUCCAUUCUUCCAUCGGCCAACCUCUCCUCCUCCAUCUCCUCCCCAUCCACCGCCUCUCCUCUUCACGGCACCACGGCCUCUCUCCGCGUGCUCUCAGCAGGCGUCAUCACAGCAGGGCCUUGGUCUACUGCACACCACAUCCUCGACCCUGCCUUCUCUGCACGUCUCUCCACGGCCAUCUCUCUGCAUCUGCCCUUCGCGCCUGGCAGCCCCCACACGCUCGAGUCCUCCCCUGCUCCUGCCCUCGCCCUUCCACCACUGCUCGGCUCAGCUGUUGCAUCAGGUGAAUCCCCAGGUGUUGUGCCGCCCAGCCCAGGUGUUCCAUCAGCGCUGCGCUCUGCAGCUAUUGGAGAGGGGAGAGAGGCAGAGCAAUGGAGGCAGUGGUUCUGGAAGGUAUUGGAACAUCACGAGGGGCGGCACAACCUCAAGGGGUCGUCUGACCACAGUGGAGUGUUGGACCACUCAGUAGCGCAAGUGCUGCAAGGGGCGCUAGCUGUUGAUGCCACCGCCCCUCCACUCCUCUGGUUUUGCCGCUUCCUGCGAGUGCUCGCUCGCCUUGCUGCUGCUGCUGAUGCCCAUGAUGCAGCUCGUACUGGUGGUGUUGGUGGUGCGCUGACGGCACGGCAGCAGCCAAUGGGGGCCCUUCCCGCCCUUUUCCAGCCACUCCUGGAAGGACUACGAGAGGCUGUGGGGAGGAUCGGGGAGGAGAGGCGGAGGGAGAGGAGGGAGAGGAGGCGAGCCCGGGCGUUGAAGAAGGAAAGGGUGGAUGUGGAGGGGAUGAGGAAAGGGGUUGAGGGAGGGAAGAGGGGACAGGCCGGCAAGGGGCAAGGGAAGGAGGAGGGGGUGCGAAGGAAGUUGAAGGGGAGGAGGAAAGACGGAAAGUCGGAUGGGGAGAAGCAGGGGGCGGAAAGGAGGGAGGUAGAGGGAACGAAGGAGGGAGAGCGGGACCUUUUAGGUCAGGUUUCUGCUGCUCGGGCAGCUUCAUCGUUUCUGUUGGCUGUGAGCGAAGCCCUUGCUGGCAUCAGUGGCGGGCCGUGGCAUCCCCCUCACGGGGGCGAGGAGGUGGAGGUGGGAAGUGGAGCAGUGCCGGUGGAGGAGCGGAGGGAGGAAGAGGAGCAUAGAGAUCAGCAGCUCAUCGCACUGGCGCACAGGGAGGACAGAUGGCAUGCGGUGAUUGGUCCGGUUGUGCUGUCAGUGUUGGGGGAGUUGCUGAACGAGGACCUGUGGGAGCUGCCUGUGGAUGUCGCGCAAGGGGGAGGGAGACCGGUUCAGAGCGGUGCUGGGGGCGAGUGGAUGGGUGAGGAGGAGCGCAGGGGGAUGAUGCGCAGGCUCAAUGAGAGCGCCAACCUGCAAGCGGUGAGUGGGGAGCAGAGAUUUCGGAAAAGGAAUUGCAUGGCUCGGGCACUCCUCCUCUCCCUCGCACCAGCUCUCUCAGCUCUCGGCCAAUCACGUGCCACAGACUCCGGUGCGCUGCGCCGCGCCUUCCCUCCGCUGCUGCGCUCGCUGGCCUCUCCCCACGCCCGUGUCUCCUCCGCUGCUGCACAUGCCCUCGCCUUCAUCAGCCGUUCAUUCGGGUACCCAUCGGUGGCAGCGUUGGUAGCGGCCAACAUGGACUAUGCUAUCGCCACCGUGUGCGCUGGCCUCUCCACCCUGCACUGCCACCCCUCUGCACCCCGCCUCCUGCUCGCCCUCAUGCACCUCCUGCCCCUCGUGCCCGCCACCCCUGCCACCCCUGCCACCCCUGUGGUGCCUGUCGCCCCUGCCACCCCUGCCACCCCUGUGGUGCCUGUCGCCCCUGCCACCCCUGCCACCCCUGUGGUGCCUGCCGCCCCUGCCACCCCUGCCACCCCUGCCGCCCCUGUGGUGCCUGCCGCCCCUGCACUGCCUGUGGAGCAUGCAGCAGCAGCGUCAGCGGUGCCAGCGGUAGCGACAGCGGCGUCGGUGUUGCCAUGGGCGUUUGAGAGCAUGCUGCCUCUCAUCAUCCACCCGAUUCGCUCUGUCCUGGCCUCAUUGCAAAUCACAGCUCGUUUGCAGCACGCCCCCCACAUAGUCACACUCGUUCAGGUGCUCCGUGUGCUGAUGUCAGCAUGUGCUGUUGCCUCAUCAGCAAAGCGUGCUGACGCCGAAGCUGCAGCUUCGGCAGCAAUAGCGGUGCUCCGGAGGGAGGAACGGGCCCGACGCAAGCAGCUUCGGAAGCUGCGGCGAGCCAAGGAGGGAUGUGGUGGUGAGGCGGGGAGGGGCAGACCUCACCUUCUGAGCCCUUUUUCUGAUCAGCCCAACCCGCAGAGAAGGCGUGGCAGCCCUGAUUCUGAAGCUGCUGGCCUCGCGUCCUCUCCUGCCAGCAGUGGACCCCGGGUUGCUGCUCAAGGCACAGGCAGCAGCAGCAGCAGCUUCUGUGGUGGUGACAGCAGCAGUGGUGGCGCAGACAGUGGCAGUGCGAGGGACGCAAAGUCAUCAGCUGAUCCAGGGUCCGAUACAGGGUCCGAGGGAGAUGGCAACGAGGAGGGAAGGGAAGGGAGGAAUGCUGCUGAGGUGGGGAGCAGGAGUGAUGGCAGGGAGAAGGGGGCACAGUGGAGCGUGAGGCAUGCACUGGUUCAGCUGUCGGAUCGCACGAGGGCGGUGGCCAUGCAAGCACAGCUGGCUGCUGCCUGCCUGGAGGCCUGUGGGCCGCUCAUGGCCAGCCGGGAUGCUGAGCUGGCGCUGCUCGCUGCUGACGUGGCGCAGGCGUCGGUGGCCGCCAUGUCAGCAGCUGAUGUGGCGCAGCGUGCGAGGGCCAAUGAGCUUGAAGCAGUGCGGGAGGUGGUUCGGUUGAGAGUGAAACGAGCCAAGACGCACCUCACUGCCCUGCAGGACUCAGGCUUGAGCACAGAUCCGGCCAUAGGUUCGGGGGCAGGUUUGGGUGGAGGUCCGGGGAGCGGUUUGCUGGACUGGUUGGAGGAUGAUGUGGCAGGGCUACGUGUUGACCUGGCAUCUCUCCAGGAUGACGUGGCAGCCAUGCAUGACACGGAGGAUGCACUCAAGGUGGCGGAUGCUGCGAGGGACGAGACCAAUUGGCUGUUGCCACGUGUGCACAUGAUCUGGCCCCACGCUGUCUCUGGCCUCAAGAGAAGCCAUCCUGCUCUCAUCAUCUCGUCCGUCCACGUCAUCACAGCCCUCUCCACCACGUGUGACGAUGCCUUCAUGGCCAGAAAGAUCCGGGAAGAUUCCUGGCCUCUCAUGGCCGCCCUGCUCCUCCAGGGUCCCUCUCUUCCCUCCUCCUCCCACUCCUCUCCCUCCUCCUCUCAUUCCUCUCUCCCUUCCCCUUUCCUCUCCUCCAUUUCCUCUCGGCGCCUCACCAAUCCAAGUCCCGUGGAUCUCACCAGGCUACUUACCCUCAGGCCAGUACCAGACUCUGGUUCGGUGGCAUUGCCGAGCCUCGCUACCAAACCUGCAGCAUCAAGCGGCUCUGAAAGUGGAUUCCUACAAACGUCCACAUCAGCAGUAGGACCAGCCACGUUCGGCAACCGAACCAACUCGGACGAGCCGCCUGCGUCCCAUGUCCCGGUCGGAUCUCCUCCUUGCUCCCAAAUCCCCCACCCAACACCAACCACACACGCCAUUCCCCUCACCCUCUCUUCCACACUCGCUUUCACCCUCCUCCUCACACCCACUCUCUCACUCUCCCAUAAUGGCUGCAUCGCCAUCCCCAAGUCUUUCCCAGUCCACGUCAGCAUCCACUAG